CAUGCAUCGAGUUUCACCAUCGUUAUAAAUUCACUUAUAGAGCAGUUGUGGAAGCUUCUUUAUUCCCUGCAUCAACUCGCUCUUUUCAUCAGGGCCCUUCAACAGCACCCAACCCGUCGCGCAUUUUUGAGCUUCUGCUUCCGAUGACAUUGUAAUAAUUCUCACGAUAGUUCAUUCCAUUAUAAUGGACACCAGCGGCUAUUUAGAGGCCUCGAUAGCCGUGGCUGGCCUCGCGCUUAUCACCGCACUCAGCACACCCGCCAUAAAAAAUAUCGCCAUCCGCUCCAAGACCAUAACCGGAGGUAAUUCCACGUCUUCAUCCUUGCCUUGCAUCGAAGCAGAGGGCCAUGCGUAUAUCUACGAAGAUAAAGAUGGCAAGGCCACGGAACAGUCGAUGGCCGAAUUCUCGGACUUUUGGCCAAGAAUUCUCGCCUGGACGAGUGCUGUAGCUGGACUGGGAAUGUCCAUCACUGCAGCUGUGCUUAGUGUCGGCCGGUCCGGCGCUUCCGGGUCAGAAUUUGGCAUAUUCCUGAUCUGUGUCGAUGUCAUUACUUGGACAAUGCUGUGCCUGCAAUGUGCAACCCUGCCGGUUAAACAUCAAUAUCAGAGAAGAUACAAACUCAGCCUGUACGCUCUUGUCACCUCAACAGUGCUUUUUGCUUCACUCGUCGCCCGUUUCGGAGGUCCGUUGUUGCAGGUAGUCAAGGAUGCACGCAAGGUACCCGAGUCAGGUGCUACCAUCACCGUGGCCGUGAGCUGGUUUGUUCAGAUGUUGGCAGCCAUCGUAGCAAUGCUCGCAUUUUCCUCGUUUCCCCAACGGCCAGAUGUUUACCACGAUGGACGCCUUGUCGACCAGCAAAACACUGCUUCCUUGAUCCGAAGGAUAGGAUACGCCUGGAACAAGGUCGUGUUUGUCGUUGCGAAGGAACGGCAGCUUACAAAGGCCGACUUGCCCGAUUUGGACUUUACCAGAAGGUCCAAAAACGUCAACGCAGCUUUUCUCGCCCGGAAUUUCACAGGUAGGCUGUGGCGCCAGCUAAUUGUCGCCCACUGGGGCAGGUUGGCGCAGCAAUGGGCCUUAUCAUUUACGAUCAGUGCCCUUGCUCUCUUCCCGCAAUAUGUCUUGUACAACUUUCUCGAGAUUCUUGAGAAACCACGCCGGGACGAUGGGAACAAGUUCGAUCCUGCUCUCAUUGCCUGGGUGUUCAGCCUCUUUGUGAGCUUGCUCUUGCAAGUGUGGGUAAACAACACAAUGCGAUGGCUUACCUACACCCGGCUGGAACAACCGGUCCUCCAACUCUUGCAGUCUCUUGUAUUUCAGAAGGCAAUGCGCCUCAAAGAGACGGCUUCUCCACCGCCUCAGUCUGAAGGCGAGGGUAAAGACAAAGACCAAAACAGUUCAGGCUCGAAUAAGAAAUCAACUGGGCCGGACACUCGGCAGUCGAUUGUGAACCACAUGAAAUUAGACAGUAACCGCACUACUAUGUUCAGCAACUACAACUAUCAAUUCCCAGUAGCAGUUAUCAAGCUUGCGCUUUCAGGGACUUUCCUUGUGCAGCUCAUGGGUUUCAAGAGUGUUGUGGCCGGCAUGUGCUCUUCGCUCGUUGUGCUGCCAAUUUCGCACCUUCUCUCAAAGAGAUACGCCAAGAUCCAGUUCGGCCUGAUGAAGUACCGUGACGCCAAGGCCAACCUUCUUACCGAAGCCCUCCAAGGCAUGAGGCAGAUCAGAUUCUCGGCACUGGAGAAGCACUGGGAGGAAAAGAUCCUAAAGAGUCGCAGCGAAGAGUUGGCGCAGUACUGGAAAGUGAUGUGCUGGGCUGGACUGACCAUGAUUGUGAUCAACACCGGCCCUUUGCUUCUCUCUUCGGUAACCUUGUCGGUCUACGCUCUCACUACCACGAACGGAAUAAGGGCAUCUGUCGUCUUCGCAAGCCUGGGUCUUUUUGACCAGCUUGAAGAGGCUAUUUCAUACCUGCCUUUGCUUCAGGUCUAUCUCAUGGAAGCUUGGACCAGCUGUAUCAGACUUGAGAAGUACUUUGCUCAGCCGGACAGGCAGCCAAUUUCAACCACAGGUGACCACAUAUCCUUCGAAAACGCUACUGUGGCAUGGCCAAAGUUCGAAGAGGUCGAAGGCGAAAACACCACCCCAUUCGAGGAGCGCUCGCUACUCAGGAAUGUGACUCUAGACUUUCCAAACGGUGCGCUCAGCAUCAUCAGCGGCAAGACAGGUUCCGGGAAAAGUCUGCUGUUGGCUGCUAUCUUGGGUGAAGUCACCCUGGUGUCUGGAACAAUUCACACCCCACCAAUUAAGGAGCUAACGGAGAAUCUGGAGCAAAUAUCCGACGCGGAGUGGAUAAUCCCUAAUUUGACCGCGUUUGUCCCACAAACACCCUGGAUCGAGACGGGUACAGUCAGGGACAACAUCUUAUUCGGUCUCCCGCUGAACCAUGGCCGCUACUCCAAGGUUAUCGCGGCAUGUGCAUUAGAAAAGGAUCUCGAGCUGCUGGUCGAUGGCGAUAACACCGAGGUCGGUCCCAAAGGUGUGACGUUGAGCGGCGGCCAGCGCUGGCGCGUGGCACUUGCUCGCGCUUUGUACUCCCGUGCUGGUAUUGUCAUUCUUGAUGAUGUGCUCAGCGCAGUCGACGCUCAUGUGGGAAGGAUAAUUGUGGACCAGGCGCUCACGGGUGACCUUGCAAGGGGUCGCACACGGAUUCUUGCAACCCACCAUGCGGAGAUGUGUCUGCCGAGAGCUAGCUACUUUGUGCGGCUGGAUGAUGGACGAUUGGAGCACGCUGAAAAUCUUACGCCGGAGGCUCACGAGCCAACCUCCAGACCCCUCACAAGCUCGGACGAGACGGCAUCGCACGCAGGAUCUAGCAGUGACAACACGACGGCUGCGGAAUCUGCCAUUACAUCUCCAGAAGAAAGCGAUGAAGAGCAGGAUGACCCUAAAAAGAAGCCUAAGAAGAAGGGCGUCAAGGAAGAAGGACGAGCGAGGGGUAGAGUCAAGUGGAAAGUCUACAAAGAUUACUUCCAGGCUGGAAAGGCUGUUUGGCUCUGGGCUCUGUCCAUUGCUUUGAUACUUCUGGGACGCACUAUCUCGGUUGGGCGAACUUGGUCGCUAAAAGAGCUUUCUGAGAGUGAUCCAAGCCCAUCAUCUGCCCUAGCCGCCAUUCGGAGUUCAAGCCAUCUUCGGAGCCACGAUUACGCUCACUUGGAUGGCCAGGUGUACAUUGAGAAUCCGAGAAUGGAUCGCCCAAUGACUGCCCAAGGCUUGCUUCAGGAUCGGCCUGUCGCCUUUUGGAUUGGGGUUUACAUUAUUCUUGAAAUCGCUGUCGUUCUGGCCAGUGUCUGUCGUAUGCUUGUCUUCACUGCUAUAGGCUUGCGCACCGCGCGAGUUUUAUUCCAGCGUAUGACACACAGGAUCCUGCGUGCGCCUCUCCGUUGGAUCGACAACACACCCUCUGGGCGGAUCCUGAACAGAUUCACUUCGGACAUGUUCUCUGUCGACCGUAGAGUGGCGAUGGACUUGGGCCAGUCGAUGUCGAAUGUCUUACAGGUUCUGACCAUUAUUGCCGCCAGUUUGUCCGUGUCAAAGUAUGUCAACCUAUUCGGGCUGGCGCUGCUGAUUCUAUACGUACAAAUCGCCAGCGAGUACAUCUCAGCAGCGCGCGAGGUCAAGCGCCUAAACUCGGUCGUCUGGUCGCCCAUCUACGACCAGUUUUCCUCGGUGCUGAACGGACUGUCAACGAUUCGCGGCUUCGGCAGGACUAGUUUCUAUACGGAUCGGAUGUACGAACUGAUCGACACAGCGACAAAGACGCAGUGGGCACUUGCGCUGUGUCAGAGGUGGAUGGCCUUCAGGAUGGGUGUGCUUGGAGUUUUAUUCGUGACUGUUGUCGCUGGCGCAGUGGCGUUUGGUCGCGUAGACGCCGCGCUGGCAGGUUUCAGUCUGACUUUUGCUCUGGGGUACACUUCAGCUUUAACAGCUCUGCUUCAGAACAUGGCUUCGAUCGAGCUCGGAUUCAAUGCAACAGAGCGUGUCCUCGAGUACGGCGAGCUGGAUACAGAGCCUGAGGGUGGUCAAGAUGCACCCGCUGCCUGGCCCACUCAGGGCCGCAUCGAGGUUGAGAACCUGACAGUGGCAUAUGCCGAGGACUUGCCGCCGGUUCUGAAGGACCUGACGUUUACCGUCGAGGCUGGAGAGCGGGUGGGGAUCAUCGGUCGGACAGGUGCCGGCAAGUCGACACUCGCCUCUGUGCUGUUCCGUCUCUUGGAACCGCGCGAGGGCUCUGUGCGGAUCGACAACAUUGACAUCGCCAAGUUGAAGCUGGAGCAGCUACGGAGCAGGCUGGCGAUUAUUCCUCAAGAUCCUUUCCUGUUUUCAGGUACUUUGAGGUCUAAUCUGGAUAUGGAGGAUGAGAUGGAUGACUACGAACUCCUGACGGCGCUGCAGCGUGUUCACCUCAUCAAGCCGGCAGAGCCGAUGCGACCAUCGGCAUAUGUACCGACUGCGUCGCCAAGCGCAGGAGAGUCGGAAGAGGACACACUCUUGGCUACGACGGACGAAAGUGGUAGUCAAGGAACUGAGACGCCAUCCGAGACGGCUACCAGCAGUGCAUUCAAGGACCUCUCGACCCCGAUUUCCACUGGCGGUAGCAACCUAUCGCAAGGCCAGCGUCAGCUCGUCUGCUUGGCACGUGCUCUUCUCGCUCGCCCCAAGAUCGUAGUGCUUGAUGAGGCCACCUCGGCAGUCGACCGUACCACUGAUGCGGCGAUCCAGGAGUCAAUCCGGGAGGACUUUUCAGUGUCGGGGUGCACCGUCUUUGUCAUUGCACACAGGCUCAGCACGGUUGCGGACUUUGACAAGAUCCUGGUGCUCAAGGAGGGCAGGGUAGCACAGAUGGGGUCACCGGAAGAGCUGCUGAAGCGUGGAAUGAACGCUGCUGCGGCCGGUGGCGCUGUUGAUGACGAAGAGACUGAUGAGACUGCGUUCUGGGAUCUGGUGAAGAAGAGCAGCGAGAAGGAGAAGCUGAUUGAGAUGAUUCUUGGUGAGACCAACUAAGCACUGACAAAUGCUAAAAAGACGUCGGCGAGAAGAAUAGACGUUGAGGGGUUAGAGAUCUUUUGCGAUGAUUAUCGAGCGGGUCAUACGGCAGUCAGGCUGGAUACAGAUACAUGUGACGAGCGUUUUCAUUGUAAUAGAUAUCAGGCUAUAAGGGCUUUUCUUUUGUUACAAUCCUCUUGUAUUAGUUUUCUUUUGUAAAAAAACAAAACAAAAACAAAAAGAUAUUUUAGAAUCAAAAAAUGGUUUGCUGCUA